CACCAAAGGAGCGCCACUCACAUGCACCGAGCGGAAUCCUCAUUAUACAUGGCACGAGGUGAACCUUAUUACGCCUACACGCCUGUAUGCCUGCAUCUCCGCCGGUACGCGCUAGGCGCUGCGCCGUGCGCCUGUACAGUACGCCUGCGCCCGGGCCAGCGUCACUCUGUGCUUGCGUGAGGAUGUACAGGGACUGCGCGCUGUUGGCUAAGUGCCAUGCUCAUGCCCCUCUGGCUGCUGGCUAUCAGCACACAUUCCAUCUCGCGCAUCGGAUUUGCAGUGGACGUAGAGUGGUGAACGCGGGGACAUGGGGGCGGACUGGUGGUCCGACUGACCGCUGCCCGCUACUGCGGUCCCGUGAACGCCUCGCGCCGCAUCCGCCUGAUUGGGCAGGUGGGGACGAGAAUGGCCGAUGCUCGAACGGUGCAGAGGGAUUAGACGGGAUAGACGGGCAGAGCGUCUAUAGUACCAUCGUGGAUAUCGAGUAAAGUCUGGUGUCAGGGAGGAGGCUCGGGAAGAGCAGCAGUAGCCGAGAUACAGAGAUCGGGGUUGGCGGGGUCGCGAGGUCGCGCGGGUGCGCGAAUGCCCGGUUUUGGAAGCCCCCAGGCCUCACACAUGGCUAAUUGCUCUACUCGCCGCUCGCCGCUCGCCGGACUCUGGGAAAGCGCA